UAUUCACGAAUACUAAUGGCAUUAGUACUUUUUCAGGAUUGCCUCCAUGAAUCCUUCAGAAACUCAUUACCACUUCAUGGUAUAGUGGUCGAGGAAGAUCGUACUAGCAUUGAAAAUAGUGGAUCUUCAACGGGCUCCUACAAUAUUGUUACUAUUGAUGAUAUUUCGCCGAUUGAAACGGCAAGGACAAGAUUUUUGGACAUUAUCGUAGAUCAUUUCAUAAGGCCACAAGUAGUUGAAGUUGUAGAUUCAGAGGCAGACUUUGCAGCUCAAUCUUCACAAGAUAAAAUGAGCAAGCGGAAGUCUAGAGAAAUCAAUUAUGAAGGUGAUGCUACAUUUGUUUUGCCCUUGAUGUAUGUGGCUAACAUGUAUGAAACACUGGUUAGUGAAGUGAAUGUAAGGCUCUCUUCUUUAAAUGGCAUGCGUGAAAAAACCAUCGGUGUGGCCCUUGAAGCAGCUGGUGGUUUAUACAGAAAGCUUGCAAAAAAAUUUCCCAGGAAAGGACCUUGCACAUUUAAAAGGCGGGAGUUGGCUACAUCUUUUGAAACAAGGGCAAGGUUUCCUGAAUUAGUGAUACAGGAGGAAAAGCGUGUUCGGUUUGUUGUGGUUAAUGGUUUAGCCAUUGUGGAGAAACCAACAAGCUUAUGUAUUGAUGAUGCAGAAUGGUUCAGAAGACUGACGGGCCGAAACGAAGUUGCUAUAUCCCCCAGAGACUAUAAAUUCUAUGCUCCAAGACACAAGUAUAGACGUGCAUCAAACUCAGUUUCCAACAUCACUGGUUUUUCAGCAUUCACCAGCACAGACAUUGCUUCUUCAUUAGCUGCAGGUCAAAGCUACCGCUCUGUUAGUGAAGAUAGUCAACAGACUACCUCAAAGCAGCAUAUGCAACCUCUGUGCCAUCAGGGUCAAUUUCAUCCCCUUCAGCACCAGCACCAUAUCAACCAAAGCCAACAUAUAGCCCACUUCUCUCAUAAUCAACAAUGUGGCCCUCAGUCACACUUGCCUGAAAUUGCUCAUUCUCAGUCGCCAACCAUGUCUCCGCAUAUGGCUUGCUUACAACAAUUAGGCCAUGUUGGUGGACGCAUGCAUAUAAUGCCUACAAGUCCUGCAAAGUUUUGUGACGAAUGUGGUACUCCCUACUUGAGAGAGACCUCUAAAUUCUGCUCAGAAUGUGGUACAAAGAGAUUAGGAAUUUGAUGCGAACUCAUCCAGUCUCCCAAUGUGAAUUGUACAUUAAUUGUAAAUAUGUAUACAUUUCUAUACCAGAUUACUCAUCUUUCUCUCCAUCUCUCUUGUCUUUUGUUCUUCCUUCGGUUUUUGUUUUCUGUGGGGAAAAAAGGUUUUCUCUUUGUUUUUUGUCCC